AUGUCGUUGUUCCGACCAGCAGCAGAAAUACCAUCGGACUCAGAUUCCGACUCGAGUUCAGAAGCAAGUCAAACCCAGGAAUCUGCGUCACCAACCCCUCGACAUGCUGCAAAGAAUGAAUCCCACAGCCCGAGGAAGGACAAGACCAAGCAAGCUCCGAAAGACUCGGGUUCUACAGAUGCAGACUCUUCGAUCUCCUUCGGCGAUAGAUCAACAUUACCACAAGAUCUGGCUGAUGUGAAUGUUGAUCAACAUGCAAAUAUCAUGACAGCCGCCCUCUUGGAAUUUUACUGCCAAAGUCGAGCAGCAGACAUUCUCAAUGCUCAACGUGGCUCGAAUAAAUCGUUCAGUCGACACAGCCCCGAGGCUCAUAUAUCUGCCCUUGAGGAUAUGAAUUUCCAUGAACCCAAUGCACGAUCCCCUACAAUUGGCUCCGGCGAGGACCUCGCCUUAAUUACAAAGCCUUCGAUCAAGAGAUCUAGCGUUGAAGAUGUGGAGAGUCCCACUCUGUUCCGCCGGAAUACCGAACCAAAUCCAUCGUUUCGGAAACAGCUUCCUCCUGCUAAUAAGGUGGAUUUUCUUCCAACUGUUCCCCGUGGGCCAAUGAACUUCCCUAAUCCCUCAAUUCCCCUAUUUGGCAGUUCGCCUGUAGGAGUUCCUCUUUUCAAUUCUCCAACAGCCCCACCAUACAAUCAGCUCUCAAGAUACUCCGUUGAAUUCCAGGAACUCAAGAUCUUGGGCCGCGGGUCCUUCGGCGAAGUGUACCACGUCACAAACCACAUCGACGGACAAGACUACGCCGUCAAGAAAAUUCCACUUAGCCAAAGACGACUUGAGCAGCUGCAAUUCGGAAGUCAAAAUCAGCUCGAGGUUAUCAUGAAGGAAAUUCGAACACUCGCCCGCCUUGAACAUACAAAUAUUGUUCGAUACUAUGGGGCGUGGGUCGAGCAGGCUCAUCACUCGCACCCACCUCCAGCCGAAUACCACCCUUCUCACGUGGCAUAUGACAGAUCGCAAAACGACUUGCCUUCUCCAGACACUCCAAACGAGUCAAGCAUGGGGAUUGUCUUCGGACAUUCUGAAAGUUCAAAUCCUGAGUCACAGUCAAGCUCUCUUCCUGGAGAUCAUAGCUUCAGCAAGAGCAUUCAUCGCCGGGACAGCCACGUAACUACGUCAUCUCACCAUUCAAAGAAAAGCUCACGAAGGGGGUUGGAUGAAGAUGAUGACGACGUUGAAUCCAUUCCCCGUACCUUCGACGGGAACACCUCUGUUGGCCAAACAUCCACUUUUGGGGAUACCGACGACAUCUUCACAGAUGGUCUUAGCCAAGACCAAUCUAAACUUCAAGUUCAACGCCGUUGUCGGCCUGGGCAGCAACCCCCUGCGGUCAUUCUUCACAUCCAGAUGUCACUUCAUCCUAUCUCGCUCGGCGCGUACCUGAACCCUCAAGCGGCUCCGAAGUAUGAUGAAUGUUCACUCGCCAGACGCCAUUGCUUCCACCUACUGCCCUCGAUAAAGCUUGUGAUGGACAUUGUCUCGGGUGUUGAGUACCUCCACUCAAAGGGAAUUGUGCAUCGUGACUUGAAGCCUGCAAAUAUCUUCUUGUGUGCACCAGAGAACAGCACAGAAAACAUAUGUGUCGCGUGCAGCUCCGGCGAAGCUUCUCCAGUCCAGUUCAGUCGUCCCCGUAUCGGGGACUUUGGUCUCGUGGCGGAUAUCUCCCACAUCAACGAUGCCUCACAGGGCACUAUGACACCAUACCGAGAGGGACAAAAUAUCCAGCGGGUAGUUGGAACUGAGUUCUAUCGUCCCCCAGCCAAUCUAUCUCCGCCUCAAGAUGACCGGAGCUCACCGGUGGAUUACUUUGACGAAUAUAAGAUCGACGAAAAGCUCGAUGUUUACGCGCUUGGCGUCAUUCUCUUCGAGACUGUUUAUCGUUUAAACACAAAGAUGGAGAGACAAUUCGUCUUGAGUGAUCUGACUCGCGGGUCAGGCCAGGAUCCGUCCGAGCGCACCAUUUUCCCUACCGAUUUCGCCGCCAAGAUCGAUUAUGGCUCGAUCGUGCUGGACGACGGAACCUCAGUCGCGGAUUCUCUCAUGACGUGUAUCAAAAAAAUGUUGGAGCCCAAAUCGCAGCACAGGUGGAGCUGCCAGGAUGUCAAGGAGCAUUUGCGAGCGAUGAAGAAAGCUGUUCGCCGAUUCGAGGAAACGCAGAAAUGA